AUGACGCGGUUCUUACGCGUUUUCAAGCAUCUGGUCACACGUACAGGGGCCUGUGUAGCAUGUAGAGCAGCAGCGCGGGAUGCGAAUCGCUGGCGCUGCGUGACCUUUGGUCCAAGCUUCGGCGCAGCAAUCGACAAGGAAGGUGCAGUAUACGUAUGGGGACAAGUCGAAGAAGGUACCUUCGUGGAGCCUCUACCAUUGGCCGCCGGCGGGAUUGUUGACUGUCGGUGUUCCGCCACCGACCUGUACAUGCUCGGGGGCAACGGCAACGUUUGCGUGCUACGCGACGUCAAAAGUGCAUUACACAACAUCUCCGCAAAUACUACGAGCAAGUUGCCAUCUGUGUCUGGAGAUUCUGGCAACGGGAGCACCACUGGCACCUCGAGUCAUGACAGUGGCACCGUAGCCCAGACACAACAGGCCGGCGAGCAGACAGUGGAAAAAACACCGCUUCCUGCACCUGAACGCAUAGAAGGACUAGCAGGAAAACGUAUAGUGAAGAUAAGCGUUGGGAACGACCAUGCAGCAUUUCUUGCCGACGACGGUUCACUAUACUGCUGCGGGGAUAACAGCUUUGGACAGUGUGGAAAAAAGCCUUUAAACGUCAGAAACGACUACAGUUUAAUGGUGUUCCAAUAUAGCGUGGUGAACCCUGUCGAACAUAUCGAUCUCCACAAGGUGCGGUUCAAGGAUCCCGCUACAUCCGUGGUAGAUGUAGUAUGUGGCGGCCGGCACACGUGCUGCGUUGACUCCGACGGAAACGUGUACACAUUCGGGGACGACGCAAGCGUCCAACUCUUCCUCGGUGACACGCGUGGAAGAACGCUGCUGGAACUGGAACAUUAUAAGCCCUAUCGCGCCCGUAAUGGAGAAUCAAACCACAGCUGCACCAAGUACACGCAGACCGACUUGCACCUACAAUUCAACCCUAUACCAGUCAACCAAGUCGGCAAGCUUAGGGAGUGCCAGUAUCUGAUGCGAGGAGCUGCUACAACUCUCGCAGCUGGAGAUGAUUUCAGCAUCGUGGCUGCUACGCCUGAGGAGCAAGGUGAUCGCGUGACGCACCUUAUUGCCAGUGGAGGCAACCGCUAUGGCCAAUGCGCCAGUGCCGAUUUCAGGAUGCACCGGCCUCGAGUAACUCGGCUUUCUGGUGUGCUGCUGCCGCGCAGCUUCGGAUGCGGCAGCAGGCAUUGCAUGGCGGCCUUGGACAAUGGGCAGAUCGUUGGUUGGGGAAGCAACCAGCACCGUCAGCUUGACCCAAACAGUGAGUUAACUUGUAAUUAUGACAAUAAUGUGCAGAACGCAGUUUUUUUAUGUCCCCAACUGCGAUUCUGA